AUGGUCGCUUUAAGGACCAGUUUUCUAAAUGGAUCGAAAACAAAAGCGGUGCGAUAUCAUACAAUUUUACGACCUAUACUACAGCAGCGCUUUUUGCGCGCUUCUUUGGCAUUGUAUUGUUUGUGCUGUGUAACAUCAUAUUGGCUCGCGUCUGGAUCCAUUUUCUCUCCGAAACUGAUUCUUGGCAGUUUCUUGAAAGGCUUGCUAUGUUUUCUAUUUGUGUUUCCAUACUUUGUCAUGCUAAAGAGCAGAAUGACCACCACCAGAGACGUUCAAAGUUCAUUGGCAAAAGAAAUUAUGAUUAAAUUCUCUCCAAAGUCAUUCUUUCCCGUGUAUAUUUCAUUUCUCGUUUCCGUGGGUAUACUGGCGCUGGCAUAUUUGCAAGGCCACUCUUCUUCGCGUUUGCAAUGGGUAACGGCCGCUAGAGCGUAUGAACUACCAAGACUUAAUGAAAGAUUCGUUUACAUGAUGUUUGUAGCUUCCAUGAUGGCUUUCUCUUCUGCUUGUGAGCAUCUUUACUUUGACCUUGAUACACCUGAAGAGCCUGUCCUUCAAAAAUCCUUUGUACUUUAUGUUAAGGAAAAGUUGCCUUCCAUUUUUCAAUCUUCUAUAAUUAAAUCUUUAAUAUGCGGCUUUGCUUCCCCUAUAAUUUAUGCUAUAUUUCGAUCUUCCAUUUGGAGAACCUUUUUGCUUUUUACUAGAUGUUUUCAUAGGCUCGCUGCUUCAAAAGCACUCGUCCGUUGGCCGGUAAAUCUUGGUCUGUUGGUUCAUAGCUUAUGGAUGACCUUCCUUAUUAACAUUUCAUUAAGCAUAGCUCUUUUGAUUUUCCGUGUCUUUCUAUAUGCAGGACCCGUGGUUCGUUCUCGAUUCAUCAGCAUGCGUUCUAAUGAUCCUAAUGGAACCUUGUUGGACGGAAUUAAAACGAGAAAUAAACCCUUAACUCAAUGUAUCGCUUCACAGGAGCUGUUUCUCAUUUGCUCCAAAGAUCCAAAGCGAAUCCAAGGCAUUCUUCAAGAUAUUGAUAGGAAGACUAGUGUGUGGCAAGAAAUUUUGAAUAAUACGUUAGUGCUGUGUGAAAACUUGUCUACAUCCUUGCAACUAUCUUCCUCUGGUAAGAAGCCCAAUGGAGUUGACAGUGCGCAAUCAAGUUCAAGACUGGGGAGCAGUACUACAGAUGAUUCUUUCAAUACAAUUUCGUUAAAAGAAAAAGAUAUAUUUGCACAGGGUGCUUCUCGUCGUUCCCGAAUUUUAGAAAAGGUAAAAGAGCACGGCAACUUCAGCGCACCCGAUGCUUCUCAGAAUUCCUUCGCAGAAUCAUUAAUACCUGCCUCAUUACGUAAACAAUGUUCGCAAUAUCUUUCAGUUGUUUACAAAACUUCCUUAUUUAAUAUAUUCCGCAAGACGUUGGAUAGGAAAAAUGCUGAUGUUUUGAAGAACCCAUGGUUACUCGAAGUUCGUAUCACCAGUUUGUCACUGCUUGUCUUGAAAUCUUUACAAUAUGACACUUAUGGUGUGGUUGCCCGUGAUAUUUCCGAUAUUUUAACGGUUUACUGUGAUACAUACGAUAAACUUAUUGCUUACAAACGAAACCCUCCCAUUCACUCUUCUGAUGUUUUUGCAUCAAAACGAACUCAUGAUUUUGACGAUAUGGAUCGUGUUAUUUCAUGCUUAAAAGAUGGUAUUGUCGAAAUCACUGAAAAAUUCCAAGAUUUUUUCAUACAGUUAAACAUUCCAACACAGGUAGAACGCCGCUGCUGGAUUCUGUACCGAGGACGAAAUUCUGCUACCUAA